UUGGAGUUAAAGCUCACUGAUGAAGAGGCCAUUUUCUCUACUUCUGUCAUGUCGAAAACCUUUUUCUCCCGUAUCAAACCUUCCCACAAGCCCAAAUCUCCUCCUCUGAACUCUCAUUAUGAAACCCAGAUGAGCAGGCUUGUUGAGGACGUCUCAGAUAUCCUUAGGACCCAUGAAGAAUACGACGACAGCCUAGAGACCCGGUUCUCCGAGGAAGAUCUCCUUGUUUCGGAAGCUGCUCCCGUAGUGCUCGAUCGAAUUCGAGAUGCCGAGUUGGGCCUGAAGUUCUUUGAUUGGGUUUCUCGACUACCAUGGAGUUCUCCCGAUCCUCGCUCUUAUUCAUCUCUUCUAAGGGUAUUAGCUCAUUCGAAAAUGUUUUCCGAGAUAGAAACCGUGCUAGAAAAUAUGAGAAGUGAAGACAAGUUGCCUACCCAUGAAACUCUCAACGUUCUAAUCAGAGUUUAUGCGGAUUCAGGGUUCGUUGAUAAAGCUCUUGAAUUUUAUUCUGUUAUAGUUAAAAGACACUAUUCUUUCCCCAGUGUGUUUACCUGUAAUUCUUUGCUUAAUGUCCUUGUUAAUCAUAGUCGAAUUGACAUUGCUCGUCAGAUAUACGAUGAAAUGCUGCAGAGAAACAGUGGUGAGCACUGUUUUGCCGAUAACUACAGUACUUGUAUAAUGGUGAAAGGUUUGUGUAGGAAAGGAAAGGUGGAAGAGGGGAGAAAGUUGAUUGAGGAUAGGUGGGGAAAUGGUUGCAUUCCAAACGUGGUCUUUUACAAUACACUCAUUGAUGGGUACUGCAAGAAUGGUGAUGUUCGGCGGGCCUAUGGGAUUUUCAGAGAAAUGAAAUUGAAAGGAUUUUUGCCAACAUUGGUUUCCUAUGGGGCUAUGAUUACUGGGUUGUGCAAACAACGUAAUUUCAAGGCAAUUGAUCAGCUUCUGUCGGAAAUAAAAGCAAGAGGAUUAAAUGUCAACGUACAGAUUUACAAUAACAUCAUUGAUGCUCAGUGCAAGCAUGGCUCCAUUCUACAAGCAGUGGAGACUUUUAGGAAGAUGGUUGGAAAUGGUUGUGAGCCUGAUAUUAUAACGUACAAUACUAUGAUUUGUGGAUCUUGUAAGGAGGGAAAGGUUCACGAGGCCGAUGAUCUUCUGAGGCAAGCAGUGAAGAGAGGACUGAUGGCAAAUAAGUACAGUUAUACUCCUCUCGUGCAUGGGUAUUGUAGGCAGGGGGAGGUGGUCAAGGCCUUAAACUUGAUCAUCGAAAUGAUGGAAGGGGGGCAUAAGCCCGACUUGGUAACUUAUGGGGCUCUCAUACAUGGGCUUGUGUUGGCAGGUGAGGUUAAUAUUGCAUUGAGUAUUCGAGAAAAAAUGGUAGAAAGGGGAGUAUUUCCUGACUCUGGUAUUUACAAUGUUCUAAUGAGUGGACUUUGCAAGAAAGGGAUGUUUCCUGCUACAAAACAGCUGCUUGAAGAGAUGCUUGUCCAAAAGAUCUUGCCUGAUGCAUUUGUUUAUACUACUCUAAUUGAUGGUUUCAUCAGGCAUGGUGACAUAGAUGAGGCGAAAAAGCUCUUUAACUUAUUGAUUGAAAAGUGUGAUCCUGGUUUAGUUGGGUACAACACCAUGAUCAAGGGCUAUUGUAAAUUUGGAAUGAUGAAGGACGCAAUUUCAUGCAUUGAUAGAAUGAGAGAAAGGCACAUAUUUCCUGAUGAGUUCACCUACUCAACAAUUGUAGAUGGGUAUGUAAAACAGGAUGACAUAGAUGGGGCACUGAGGGUGUUCCACAAUAUGAUGCAACAGAGAUGCAAGCCCAAUGUUGUCACAUACUCUUCUCUCAUUAAUGGCUUUUGCCGGAAGGGAGAGUCCCAUAGAGCUGUUGAGCUUUUCAGAGAGAUGCAAUCUCGUGGAUUAGUCCCUAAUGUUGUAACAUACAGUGUUCUUAUUGGGCACUUCUGUAAAGAAGGCAAACUUGCAAAAGCUGCUUCGUUUUUUGAAGAAAUGCUGAUUAAUAAGUGUGCACCCAAUGAUUUUACAUAUCAGUAUUUGAUAAAUGGACUCAUUAAAAAUAUAUCUGAAGGAGAUGGAUUUCAAGAGCAUCCGAAGUCUAUAGCCUUGGAUUUCUAUAAGAGGAUGAUUUCAGACAGGUGGGAUCCAAGGAUGGCUGCUUAUAAUGCUAUUCUUAUUUGCCUUUGUCAACAUGGGAUGCUCAAAACUGCAUUGGAGUUGAGAGAUAAAAUGGCGGGAAAGGGCUACAUUUUGGAUCCUGUUACUUUUGCUGCCCUGCUACAUGGUGUCUGCAUUGAAGAAAGAUCAAGGGAGUGGAAGAACUUCUUCUCUUGCAAUCUGAGCCAGAGGGAGCUCCAAGUUGCUCUUGAGUACUCAUUACUGUUAGAUCAAUACCUGCCUCAUGGAAUGAUCUCUGAGGCAUCUCAAAUUUUGCAGUCCUUGGUUGAGGAGUGCAAGCCUGAUAACCAACAAAUGAGUAAAGAAGACAUGAAUGAUUUGAAAGCAUCAGUAAUUUAAGGAGAACGGAAUAGUGCCAUAACCAGUACAAUUGUUGCUUUAACAGGGUACUAUGAAGGGUGGACCGAAGAUGGUCCUAACCUUCAGCCAUUUUUUGCAGUGCGGUGCAAAUUCACACUUGAACCUGCAUCUUCAUGCUGGCAGCCCGAGUAAGGGGCAGCCCCUAAUUUAAAGAGAUGGGGAAGAUUUCAAAUAUUCCAUUCUAGACCUUCUGAAACCUUAUUUUGUGGACCUAGCCACAUGUUCGGUUUUUUAGAAGGAAAGGAGUAUGCUACAUUGGAUAAACUACAUAUUCCAUUCAAGACCUGAAACCUUAUUUUGUGUUGCCUUGGGUUUGGCAUAAGCUGCGUAGUGCGGGAUUGUGGAGAAAUGUUCUCUGUGAUUCUUUAUGCUCACAUGUAUUAUGGCAAAGGAUUAAAGAAUGAUGAACAAGGGCCUUGGCUAUCUAUCAUCAAUGCAUAAACUCAUGGUGGCUUGUGUUGAAGCAGCAGAAAGAAUUCAGUCAUUUAUUGGCAUACAAUUAACUCCUGCUUUCGGUUUACAAAAGUAAUCAAUUAGGUUUCCAAAAGACACAGGUCUAAGCAAUCUUUUUCUGAGGGAAACAAAGAGGUCAGUAAGGUUAAAGCAGUCAUUGUCAUCACUUUCAUGGGGAGGUAGAAGUAUUCUAUUUUUCUUAAUGUUGUUAGCAUCUAGUGAUACUUGCCUGCUAGGCACAUGCAAAGUGCCAUGCUGGAAGAAAAGAAUUUUGUUGGGCUAAACUAUAUUUUAGUAUUUUUUGGGC